UAGCCAUUUUAUAAUAUAAAUUUACGACUUUAUAUUAUUAUUCAUUAUACGUACGUAUGAAUUAGUGAAAUAAUAUUAAUUAAGGGGUUCCGGGCCACUAGCUGGCCUCUAUAAAUUAACGGGAAAAAGAGGCUAUAUCCCAUCCAUGCAUGCAAAAAGUAUACCUUACCUUAGCUCUCUCUCUCUCUCUCUCUAGAUCUAUCUCUAAAUUCUAAAAAUGGGUACUUCUGUACCAAUUGAUGAUUCUCUUUCUUCCCAAUGUUUUACACCCAACAGUAUUUGUUAUACUACUAAUAAUAAUAUUAAUGCUGAUGAAAUUCCGACCAUUGACUACUCUGUUCUCUUCUCCAGCGAUCCAAAUAUACAAGCCAAAGCCCUAGAUUAUCUUUCUACUGCCUGCCACAACUAUGGUUUCUUUUACCUGGUAAAUCACGGUGUUCCUGAAUACGUUUUCAAAAGUGUUUUCAAAGCAAUAUCAGAUUACUUUGAACCAACGGUGAUAGAGGAUCGUAUGAAAUACCAGAAGAAGAGUUCCACUGAUAUGAUCCGAUGGGAGUUGCGCUCAUCGGCAGCGGAGAACAGAGAAUAUCUCAAGAUGGUUACGCAUCCCAACUAUCAUUCUCCUUCUAACCAAACCACUUUCAGUGAGACUAUGGAAGAUUAUUACACAAGAAUGAGAGAAGUGGUACAUGGUCUUGGAAAAGCUAUAUCGAAAACACUGGGAAUGGAAGAAUCAUUCAUAGAAAAAGCAUUUAAGUUGGAGUCAGGGUUUGAUGUGUCUGCCAUGAACCUUUACCCACCAAACUUCAAAUCCAAAGGUUCAAUGGGCGUGCCUGAUCAUACUGAUCCAGGAUUUUUCGUCUCCCUAAUCCAAGACAUCAAUGGUGGGCUCCAAAUUCUAUCCCAUCAAGGAAAAUGGAUCGACGUAAACUAUAUGCCUUCCAAUGCUAUUUUGAUCAAUACUGGAGAUCAUCUUGAGAUUCUGAGUAAUGGAAAGUACAAGAGUCAUGUUCAUAGAGUCGUGGUAGACAACAACAAUGUGAAGAGGGUAUCUGUGGCCACACUUCACGGACCAUCGUUGGAUGCGUUUGUGAAGCCAGCGCCUGAGUUCCUGGACGAUGCUCUCCCACCCAACUAUGAUGGAGCCACAUACAAGCACUACUUAGAAGCUAAUGGUCAACACCUAAUUGACGUUCAGUCUAAUAUUCAACAAUUUCGCCACAAUUAAUUUAUAAUAAUCACCAAUGAUUAUAUAUAACUAUAAUUAAUAAAUAAUAAGGGUGAUGUUUUCUGUAGUUGUUAUAUAUUUACUAAAGUGUCGGAUAAUAGUUUGUUAUAAGAUUGUCAAAGGUGAAAUGAGGGUCAUCCCAAUUGAACUAAGUUCGACCAAUCACAUGUACAUGGUUUGGAGUGGCUUGGGAUCAACACUCUUAUCAAAGUUAAUGUACUAUUUUGUUGAUUUGAUUUGUUACCAAUAAUCAAAUUUGUGUUAUAACUAUGUUAUUCUUGAGAAAUGAUAAAAGAAACUAAUAAUGGUAUUUGACACUUUUUUUUAACACGUUAUCGUUUAUAGUGCAAUCAAUACUACAA